AUGGGCGCCGAGGUCAUCAAGAUCGAACGUCCCGGCGUGGGCGAUCGGGCUCGGGCAAACGACCCGUACAUCGACGGCCCGGACGGGACGCAGGUGAGCGCCCGUUACCUGGGCGUUAACCGCAACAAAAAAAGCGUGGCUCUGGAUUUAAGGGACCCGGUCGCCAAGCGCGCGUUCAUCAAUAUGCUGCGUGUUUCGGAUGUAUUGCUGGAUAAUUGGGGCCCCGGCGCCAUGGAAAGGCUGGGUUUCGGAUACCCGGCGCUGGCGGAGAUCAACCCGGGGUUGGUGUAUGCCAGUAUCACCGGAUACGGCGACAGCGACGGCUUACGGGGUCCGUAUUCCAACUGGCCGGCCAAUAACCCUUGCGUUCAGGGAAUGGGUGGCUGGAUGGCAAUGACCGGAGCGCCGGAAAGCGGCCCGCAGAUGGUGGGCGACAACGUGGGAGAUUCAGUACCGGGGCUUUGGACAGCGCUGGGCGUUUUGCUGGCCCUGGAAUCCCGUCGCAAAACCGGCAAGGGUCAGCACGUGGAUAUGUCGAUGUAUGAUUGCAUGGUGGCCCAUACCACCAGCAGCAUGCCCCUAUAUCAGGCUACUGGACAGACCACGACGACGGCGCGGGAGAACAUGUUUUCAGCCCAACUCGCGCUGCGGGCAUCAGAUGGAUACGUAGUGUUGGCAGGGGCCGGCGACGCCGACGACAAAUGGCGGGCGUUGUGGGCAUUGGCCGGUCGACCCGAGUUGGCGGACGACCCCCGUUUCCUGGGACGCGGAGUAACCGGGCCGUUUUAUUUCAGCCACAUCGUGCCAGCGAUCGAAGAAUGGUCGGUGCACCUGCCCAAGCGCGAAUUGAAUCAGAAACUGCUUGAAUGUGGGUUCUCGAUGGGAAUCGUGCAGGACACCGAGGAUUUGGACCGGUGCGAGCAUCUGGAGGUUCGCAACAUGUUCGUGGACAGUGGCGAUACGUAUGGCCGACCCUUCCGGACCGUGAAUACGCCGGUACAAUUGACCGGGUGCGAAAACACUCCAACCAACCCACCGCCGCGGUUGGGUCAGCACAACCGGGAAGUGCUAUGCGAUAUCGGCGGCUUGACUGCGGAAGAGCUGAACGAACUUCAGUCGACCGGCAAGGCCUGA